UUCAUAACCUGUGUAGUGGUGCUUCAUGACCUGUGUGAUUGCUGCUAUGCCACCAAAGAAAAAACAAAAAUGGGUUCCGCGUUUUCAAAAAAAACUGACUAUGAAGAAGCAGGCACAAAUGAAGGAGAAGCUGCUAGCCUCACUUAAACAACAGUUUCCAGUAUCUACUGGUAAAAACCAUCGAGAGAAAGAAAAUGCUGCAGCUACAGGCACUGAACAGACUGACACAUGGCCAAGUGAGAAGAUAACAAGCCGUCUACUGAAGCCAUGGGUACAUGCUAAGAAGGUCACAUUUCUACCUUCAUGGACACAGAGAAGUUCCCUCUUUGGUCGAUCCACAAAUUCCUGGGAGUCAAGUAACUUACCUUCAAGCAUAACAUCGCAGAACUGGUUACAUAGUGGUCCACUUUUAGGCCGAACUUCACAUGACUGGGAGCAAAGUAGUUCAUUUUUCAGUCGAACAACACACAACUGGGAUCAGAGUUAUCCACUCUCGACCCGAUCGUUGACUUUUGAACAGUAUAGUCAAUAUUCAAGUCAACCAAGAGAUACUUGGGGUGAUAACUCUUCCUUCUCAAGUCGACCAUCCCAGUCCUGGGAAGAUAGUUAUCCUCUGUCGGGUCGUUCACAAAAUUGGGACCAAAAUGAUUCAGCAUCUGGUCGACCAUCACAGGCCUGGGAAGAUAGUCAUUUAAUGCCUGGCCGAUCAGGGCAGAAUUGGGAACAAAAUAAUUCUGCAUCAGGUCGACCCUCACAGGCCUGGGAAGGUAGUCAUUCAGUGUCAAGUCGCUCAACACAAGCUUGGGACGAGGAAAAUUUAAAGUCAAAUCGAACAGCAACAAGUUGGGAACAAAAUGAUUCACCAAAUCGUUCAACACAAAAUUGGAACGAGGAUAAUGUAAAGUUGAAUCGAACAGCAACGAGCUGGGAGCAAAAUGAUUUGGCAUCAAAUCGAUCGGCACAGAGCUGGGAAGAGUUCGAUCCAAAAUUAAACCGACAGGCACCAACUUGGGAGCAGAGUGGUUCAUCAGGUCGAUCACAGAACUGGGGCCAGGGUAAUUCAUUAUCGGGUUUACAACCACCAUCGUGGGGGACAAAUAAUUCAAGAUCACAGAAUUGGGAACAGAAUAAUUCUGUGGCAAGUAGAUCACAGAACUAUGACCAAAAUAGUUCAUCAUCAAGUCAGCGAACUUGGGACCAGGAAAGGUCUGUGGCUGGUGAACAGACACAAACCUGGCCACAGGAUAAUUUGACAAAUCGAUCAAUGCAGAACUGGGAGUCAGAUAACUUGCAAGCAAACAGGUCAGGACAGACGUGGCCACAGAACAGUCAGCAGGCAAAUCGGUCAGCAACGUCUUGGGAGGCUGACAGGCUUCCAGGAGAUUCAAGCACACCACUCUGGGCUCAGAAAAAUCAGCCGAUGGCUCGAUAUUCACAGCAAUUGACAGAAAAUAGCCAGACAACUGAUCAUUACACACAUCCUGAGAAGAUGAUGCCCAGAUCACAACCCCCAGUGGGCUACGAUGGCUUUGAUAAGAAGGGGGAACUUAGCAGAAAACCUGCUCCGCUAAGAUCACAUUUCGGCAUGAAAAUGCUGCAGAGGAUGGGCUGGAUGCCAGGCGAAGGGCUCGGCAAGAACAAGGAGGGAAUGAUAGAGCCAUUAAUGCCUGAAGCUGAUAUGGACUUACCAGGUGCUUAUUAUGAUGGCAGAUGGGUGUCCAAUGCUGGACAGAAAAAUUCAAAGCCACCAAGGAAACUUAGAGCUAAAGAUCUUGUAGGCAAACAUCCAGUUUCUGCUCUGAUUGAAGUGUGUACAAAUCGCAGCUGGCCUGCACCUGUGUUUGAAGUGGUCUCUGAGGAAGGUCCGGUUCAUAAGAAGACUAUCAUUAUGAAGGUGACUGUGAAUGGAAAAGAAUAUUUAGCCAAAGAAGCAGCUUCCAAGAAGCUGGCUCGAGCUGAUGCUGCCAAGCUCUGUCUUCAGUUUCUCGGACUAAUGCCUAAAUCUAAGCAGGCUAAGUGAAAAGUAAAUGUUGGUUAGUUUUUAUUUAUGUUGACUACUGUGUGAGAGAGAAAACAAGGUUCUACAGUUACUUGGGUAAUACUGAGACUCAAGAUAGUGCACAAGCUGCAAACAUCCACACUUAUGAAUUAGAUUUGUAAAAACAAUGUUUAAAUAUUUGUUUAGCAAAUGCCAACCCACAGUUACAAAUCAGCUCUAAGAAAAUUAUUUAAAAAAAAAAAAAUGUUUUAGAAAUGCCAAUCUACAGUGAUAAUUGUGUGUGGGGCACAUAACUGUCCUCUCUACUCUUAUGUGUAAGAAGUUCUUAGUGUCAAGCAACUUGUUCAUAAGUGGGAACACCAGUAACAUAACUUGUUGAGAAGUGGGAACACUAGUAACACAACAUGUUCAGAAGUGGUAACACCAGUAACACAACUUAUUCGUAAGUGGGAACUUGAAAAAUAUGUCAUUUAUUAGUUUGAGAUUGCCAGCCUAGUCAGCAGGCUAUAGCCCCAGGAUUUGGGGAGAAUGUCUUUAUAUGUGUUUACUAUUGAAUACAACUGCACUGCAAUAUAUUUGACUAUUGAAUAAAAUAUUUCAUGCUGCCCAGGAGUACCAGGGAUCAUUUUUUUUUAUAUAUUAGUCUGCCACUAAAUUUACACAAUUACAAAUACAUUCACACUUGUGGGAAAUAUUUUAAUGCUGUCAUAUAUUUUAGGAGAUAGAUAAAGUGUUUUCUACAA